GAAAGAAAAGAAUAUCUCAUCCUCAUCUCUCCUCUUCCUGUACUCGACCAUGAACCACUGACAGAGCCUGGGACCCACUCUCAAAUUCCUUUCAUGGCGAAGACUCUCAUCUCAUCCACACCGUUCGUCGGCACAUCUCUGCCGUCUGUCUCCCUCCGUGGGUCCUACACUCUCCCCUACCGCAGCAACGGACUCGCCACCACCAGAAUCAGGUUCAGCCUCCACGACUCCGUUCCUCCGAUUAAUCCCUUCGACCACUCCCCCGUCGACGUCGCCUCGCUUUUGAGCCGCGCCGAGGGGCUUCUUUACACGAUUGCCGACGCCGCCGUCGCCGUCGACCCGAGCUCCGCCGAUGCUGCAGCUCAGAAGAAUGGCGGGUGGUUCGGCUUCAUCUCCGACGCCAUGGAGUUCGUGCUCAAGAUUUUGAAAGGCGGGCUCGAUGCCGUGCACGUUCCGUAUUCAUACGGUUUUGCAAUUAUACUGCUUACGGUUAUCGUUAAACUUGCCACACUGCCUCUCACAAAGCAACAGGUGGAAUCGACGUUAGCGAUGCAAAACCUUCAACCAAAACUUAAAGCCAUACAAAAAAGAUAUGAGGGCAAUACGGAAAGAAUACAACUUGAGACAUCACGGCUGUAUCGGCAGGCAGGGAUUAAUCCAUUGGCAGGGUGUUUACCAACUUUGGCCACAAUACCGGUUUGGAUAGGUCUAUAUCAAGCUCUUUCAAAUGUGGCAAAUGAGGGAUUGUUGACAGAAGGUUUCUUUUGGAUCCCCUCUUUGGGUGGCCCAACAUCAAUUGCUGCUCGACAAAGUGGUUCUGGCAUUUCGUGGCUGUUUCCAUUUGUGGAUGGACAUCCACCAUUGGGCUGGUCUGACACUGCAGCAUACCUUGUUUUGCCUGUCCUCCUUGUUGCUUCUCAGUAUGUUUCAAUGGAGAUCAUGAAGCCUCCACAGACUGAUGAUCCAGCUCAAAAAAACACACUUCUUGUAUUCAAGUUUCUUCCCCUCAUGAUUGGUUACUUCUCCUUGUCUGUUCCUUCAGGAUUGUCAAUUUACUGGUUCACAAACAAUAUCCUCAGCACAGCACAACAAGUAUGGCUGCGCAGAUUAGGAGGUGCAAAGCCUGCUGUGAAUGAGAAUGCAAGUGGAAUCAUUACAGCAGGACGUGCAAAGCGAUCAGAUUCUCAGCCAGUAGAGGCUGGCAGUAGAUUUAGGAAGUUAAGAGAAGAAGAGAGAAAGAAACAAUUGAGCAAGGCGUUAACAAAUGAAGAGGUUCAGACUUCUGAUUCUGAAGUUGGUCCAAAUGAAGAAAGCAAUGACAAGGGUGAGGAGGUUCUAGAAGAGGUGUAUGGUUCUGGUGUUGGAAAGGAGCUUCCAAAUGAUCCUCGACCAAGGAGAAGCAAGCGAUCUAAAAGGAAGCGUGCUGUAUAAAAUGACCGUAUACUGAUUAAGUUUAUAGUUCACGGUGAGUCCUGUAUAUCUCAGCCAAGUGUAUUGUAGUUAAUAUAUCAUCGGCUUUAUGCUGGCUCAUUAUUUUUGAGGUAUAAUGAAAAUCAUGCUAAUUACUUCUCAUCUACUUAGUCUCUUCAUUCCACAGGGUGCUAAAAUUGUACUUUAUUGUCAGAUUUGUUGCAUGGACUACCAAGUAGAUAAUUAAUGCCUUAGAAAAAUGGAAAACAGUACGCAUGAAGAUUUAACAUGCUAUUAAGGUUUUGCAUUAUUGCACUUUUCAUUUUUGGAAAACGAAGCAAAGUUGUAAGUUUGUGUAUCAAUGCAACUGGUUUUUCCAAUUUAGAAGCUUUAGGAUGACAAGUUAUAUUUUGAAUGUCUGUCCUUUGAACAUUGAGAGGAUUGAUCGGGUAACUGAUAUAUGUGAACAUAUUUCUUGCCUUUCAGUAAUGCCAGGAUUAAUAUUUAUGUUAACAGUUCUACUGUAGAUUUAUAUUAUGGAACUCCUACACUUAACAUUUUUGCUCAUGCACAAAUGCCACAAAAGCUUCUAGAAUUCAGAUGUUCUAAAUCCAAUUUUGCACAAGCACAUGCCUCGAUGAGAGGUUUUUUGACCUACAUGAAAAGUUGAAAACCACUGAUCUCCUUCAGGCCUCUAACAAAUACAAUAAUCUAAUUAGUUCUACUUGCUAAGUUAACUACGAUUGCGUCAAAUGUUCAUUGCUUCGAUGGUGGGCGAUGAUUCCCUACUGGGUUUGGUCCUGAUGGAGUUUUGUGGAUGUUCCUUCCACCGACCUGUUUUUUAACGUUGAACAAAGAUGCAAGGAGUCAAGGUAAAGUUGUUUGGCAUUGAGCAAAUGAAAGCUAAUUGAUAAAUUCUAUUAUAUUAUAUACACACCUUAGUAGGCAGAACAUAUCUGGUUCUUGACCCCAACGACCCUGAACCUGAGGCGGGCUGUGCAGUAUUGAGCUUGAACUGAACUGUGGCCAGCAACAAAGAAAGCUAAAUGCAUUAAAUCUUGAAGGAAACAAG